AUGCAUGCCUCUUUGAAGCCUAGUUACUCCUGCAUCAAGUCGAUUCGUUCAUAUUUUCAAUCCUUGGAAACUCCCAUCGACGAUGGUGAACUCGUCAUAGUUGGUGACCGCAUAUUCACGGACGUCGUGUUGGCAAAUCGUAUGGGAAACGUCGGGAGAAGGUCGUGGCCAUGGGCUCGAUUUACUUCCACAGUGGAAUCCAAGACGCCUGCCCUCUCGUUCACGAAAGCGCCAUUGUCAAUAUGGACGACAGGGGUGUGGAAAAGAGAAGCCAUGGGUAUGCGGUACUUGGAAAAGACUUUACUCGAUCUCGUAAUGAAGCAUCACGGACCGCAAGCGGACGCUCAGCAGGAUCAUAGCUCUUUCGUACAUGAACCCGAGCAGCCUACUGUCGCCCCGAGAAGGAGUGGGGUCCUCGAGAGGUUGCUUCGAUGCUUUCAGACAGGAUCGUGA